UUACUCUCUCUCACUCUGGCUCUCAGUGCCUCUGUCCAGACUGCUGCUUCAGACCUCACCGCCCCUUUCCAUUCAAACCAACUUUUAGCCACACUUCUGAGAGUGUGAGCCAGCAUUUCAUCCACAGCCUGCUGUGCACUUUCAGGAGCCUCUUAAUUUGAUAAAGUUUCAGCUGGAGAAAAGUGACCAAUAGUGACCAUGAUGAGGAUCAUACUGCUGCUGCUGGUCACCCUGAUGGGGCCUUUCUGUACCUUUACCCAAGCAAGUACUCUGGUGGUGCCAACAGCUUCAGCAACAGCUUCUGGUGGUGCUUCAGCUACAGAACCGAAUCUUGGAUCAGAAAUUUCUGCUGUCACAGACUCAACAGUGGAAACAGCUCAUCAAGAUUCUGUUUCAACGUUAAAUCCUCCUUUUGAGACUACAGUAGUAUUUAACGCUCCAGAAGAUUUGCCAGUGGGUUCCACAGCAGCAGCAGCAGCAGCGACGACAGAGUCAGAAACAACAGCCCCAACAGAUUUAAAUCAAUCAACAGAAGCUGGAAACAAAGAGACGACUGACACUGAAACAACUACUGACAUUACGGAGGGAAAAGCAAACGAACCUAAUGAAACUGUAAAUGUAGAGGAUGAAGGUAUGGGCACAGGACAGGUGGUGGGGAUCGUGAUCGGUGCAUUGAUUGCAGUGAUUGUUGUCAUUGCUGUAAUCAUCUUGGUGGUCAGAAGAAUGGGCCAAUACUCGACUGCAAAGAAGCGAAAGCCUCAAAAACAAGAGAGCAUCUUGAUCUCUCCCCUGAAAAGAAAGGCACGACAGGAAGAGAAAAAGAAGAAAUCCGGGAAGUUCUGAACAAUUGUUCUGAAGUUUAAAAACAAUUCAAGCAGCACUCUCACCACCCAUCCAUCCAAGACUAUUCGGGGGGCAGGAGAGUGUCCCAUCCCCUUUCCCAUUGAAAAAGAUGGCCUCCCACAAAAACACCUUCCCAAUGCUCACAAAUCCCUUUAUUUAGACUGAAAGGCCUCAUUUAUCCCAACAGUUGGAGGUCACAGGAAGUUACAGUAUCUUUUUUAAUGCAUAUUAAUGUAACAGGAGAUUAAUGAAUGUUGAAUUUGUAAAGGGCCUAAUAAACAAAAACAAACAAACAAACAAACAUACAGCUUCCCAUGCAAGGAAAGGCUCGUAUGUUUUUAUUCCACUUAGUGUAAAUAUCACACAGAAAAAAAAAAAAUCAUUAUUCUUUUCCAUAUUCUACAGAUGUGUCCAAUAGGACUAUGACGCAUUAUGAACAGUCUAACUGUCAUAAGCAGAUGCUGAGGACACAUUCAAGAGGUGUAAGCGGCAUUAACUAAUAAUUUUUUUAAAUUAUUAGUUAAGGUGAGCAGCACGCAAUAAGUGCUCGAGAUUUAUUCGUUUGAAGUGCAUUAAUACGGAGUGACUUGACUUUGUUGUUCUUAAUAAGUGUCACCCAUUCCAAAAGUGACAUCACUUCCUCUGGAACGCAUCAUUUAUUGUGUGUUCCAAUCCGCUUAGCUCCAGCGCACAGCUGCUAUUGGCAUGUAUCUCUAAAAUCCUGAUGCUCCUCAGCCUGGAAGACAUCAUUUUAACAGCAUACAGACAUUUUGCAUGGUAUAGUGGACUUGUUUGCAUUUCUUUUUGUCAGUGUUGGGCUUUGUGUUUCUUUCGGACGUUCGAGAACGUUGCUAUCCUGGGCUUUGCUUUAAGAGAUCAUUAUUAGGUGCACUGAAUGAUGAAGAAUAAAGGUUUAAUAUUGACACGACACUGCAGUUGUUUGCAACGAUAUUUAGUGUUUUUUUUUUUUUUUUUUUGCCAGAUUCCUCUUUAUUUCCUGUUACUCCAACAUGCCAUUUUCCUAUUUGAUGUCAGAAUCCAGCUAUAAAGCCGAGAGUUUGUCUUUGUAUUUUGGGGGUGUUUUUUGUUCUUAUUGUUCAAUCAGUUUCAAUAAAAAAAAGUUCCAAAGUA